CGUGUGAGGGAAUGCAGACAGGGGAGGAAGGGAUGAGAACAGGGAGGAAGUGGAAGAGGAGGAGCAUGGGAAGGCAGCGAGCAGUGUCAAUACAAUAGGCUUCUUGUGUGUGGAUGUGUGCGCCUGCUGAGAGGCUGUAACCAGGGAGGAAACACUCAGGAGAGCCCGAUCCAUACCGCCGGCCUUCCCGGGACAGUGCUGCCAGCCUGGACCCUCCACCAUCGGGAAUGUACACACACUGAACACCGCGGCUCAAGGAAGGCAGAGGAGCUCCACACAAGGAUGCGUUAGGAUGAAGCGACACAGGCAUCUCAGCAGCAGUGACAGCUCAGACAAUGAAAGUCCUUCAACUUCUUUUUCAUCCUGUUUCCAAGAGAACAGGAACAAGAGUACAUAUACAAAUGAGGAAGAGAAGAAAUCUGCCGAGGUAUUCAGAAAGGACUUAAUUAGUGCAAUGAAGAUUCCAGACUCUCAACAUGUCAACCAGGAUGACUAUUACAAUUUUGUGGACACUUGGAAGCAGGAGUGGGAGAAAGGUGUUCAAGUUCCAGCUAGUCCAGAAACUAUCCCACAACCUUCUCUCAGGGUCAUUGCUGAGAAGGUAAAAGAGGUGCUGUACUCGCGUCCACGAAAGUACAUCCAUUGCUCAGGGCAGGAGCCAUCAGAACCUGGAUAUGUAAACAUUCUGGAACUAGCAGAAAGCAUGUGCCGAUAUGACCUUGAUGAUAUGGACCUCUUUUGGCUUCAAGAGUGCAACCUUGAACUUGUAGAUAUGGGUUGCACUCCAGUGGAUGAGAACACUAUGGAGAAGACUUUAGAAGUGCUGGAACGCCAUUGUCAUGAAAACAUGAAUCAUGCAAUAGAGACAGAGGAGGGACUGGGCAUAGAAUAUGAUGAGGAUGUCAUCUGUGAUGUUUGCCGCUCCCCAGACAGUGAGGAAGGCAAUGAAAUGGUGUUCUGUGAUAGUUGCAACAUCUGUGUGCACCAGGCAUGUUAUGGCAUCCUAAAGGUCCCAGAAGGAAGCUGGCUGUGUCGAACGUGUGUUUUAGGUAUUCACCCACAAUGUAUUUUGUGCCCAAAGAGCGGUGGAGCCAUGAAAGCUACAAGAACUGGUACAAAAUGGGCACAUGUAAGCUGUGCUCUAUGGAUACCAGAGGUGAGCAUUGCGUGCCCUGAAAGGAUGGAGCCAAUAACUAAGGUUUCUCACAUCCCUCCCAGUCGCUGGGCAUUGGUCUGUAGUCUCUGUAAACUGAAGACUGGAGCAUGCAUACAAUGUUCAGUUAAGAGCUGCAUAACAGCAUUUCAUGUCACUUGUGCAUUCGAACACACUCUGGACAUGAAGACCAUUUUAGAUGAAGGAGACGAAGUUAAGUUCAAGUCCUACUGUUUGAAGCACAGCAAGAACAAACUUUGCUCAGAAGGGGAGCAGGAAGAUUCUCACAAACCAGUCAUUGACAACAGACAAAGCGAGAGUGAGAAAACCAGCCUCCGUGCCCAGAAACUAAAAGAGUUAGAAGAAGAAUUUUACACUAUGGUAAACGUGGAUGCUGUGGCAGCUGAACUAGGAGUUCCCAAACUCACUGUGGACUUGAUUUACUCUUUUUGGCUGCUGAAACGUAAAAGCAACUUCAACAAGCCACUGGUGCCUCCGAAAGAGGAGGAACAGAAUGGCUUGUUACAACCCAAGGAGGACAGCAUCCAUACAAGAAUGAGGAUGUUCAUGCACCUUAGACAAGACUUGGAGAGAGUUAGGAAUCUGUGCUACAUGGUGAAUAGAAGAGAGAAGCUGAAACUCUCACACAGCAAAAUCCAUGAGCAAAUCUUCAAUCUUGAAGUACAACUUGUAAAUAAAGAGUUAGCUGGAGGGCAACCUUUAUCAAGUGCACUGGAAAAUACACUGUUCUACCCUCCUCCUAGAAUUACAUUAAAGUUAAAAAUGCCAAAAUGCCCCCCAGCAGACUGUAAAAACAGCUCUGUGAAAACUGGAAGCCGAUCGGGUCUUCUUGUAAAGAAAAAAAGUUCUUCUCAUGGCAGCAGCAGAGUACUACAGCAAGGGUCACCUGAUCCUAGUACCAAAUACUAUACUAGGCAUGUCUCUGAGCAAAGAAGCAAUGGGCUGCUCGGCACAAAUAACUCUCGGACAGACACUCAGGCCCCAGGUUUACAGCAAACAUCACGAGUUAGAAGCUCAGGUAAACCUUUGUCCCUACAAGCUGUAAUCCAUGGACAAUCGUCAAACGGAGGUGGGAAAGUUCAGCAUGAGCCUUCAAAGUCAAAAAAAUCGAAUGGACUUUUGCAUGGAGACAAAUCCCAGAAAGACAACUCAAGCCAAACUCUUCACAGUGAAGAGUCUUUAUGUCAUUUGACUAGCCAGAGUAGCUUUAGGAAAUCCAGUUUGGACCAUUUUAAUAGAUCAUUCAAAGAAGCAACAAAUAGCUUAGUUAGGACCAUGGAAGAUAUUCAAAGUUGUGAAAAACCUCAAAGGAGACAAUCUACAAAAGAUCGCUUGUGGAAUAAACAGCCUCUUGAAUGUCCAUCAUCUGUGACUCCUUACCAAGAUAAUGAUGGCUAUUGUCCUGACCUUGAAUUAAGUGACUCUGAAGCUGAAAGCGAUGAGAAUAAAGACCACAUACGAGUACGGAGAGGCAACCCAAGUCAUGAAAGCCCUAGCAGAGACUCAAAAAAAAGCAAUCGCAGUAGAAUCAAAAAGAACAUGAUUCCACACAGUUCAGGUCAGAGGUGAUAAUCGUGUUGGGAAGAGACAUUAAUUUGUGCUAUUGCAUAUCUAAAUGCCAAAGGUGGGUCUGUGAACCCCCCAGUGGAAUACAGAGAAAGCAUAUGUUUUUAAUAAUUUUAUUUAAAAUGUUUGUUUUUCCUGAAAAUUUUAAUUGUCAAAAUGAGCAUUCUCAUCCUUUUUAUCAGUACAACUGGAUUAAUAAUAUGCACAAAUAUCUUAAAGAUUUUUUUAUAUUCUUUGUACCAGUGAAAUGUUCAUAAGGAAUACAUACUUUUUGCUUAAUUUAUGUGGCUAAAAAGCCCUGUAUAAUUUGUAACAUGUUUUUUUUUUUAGUUCUCUUAGCCAGUGGGUAAAAGCAUCAAGUGCUUCUGUAAAUACUUUGCUUUCAGUUUGUGGUUUUUAAGGCCUAUGUACAAAAAUUGCUAGUUGUGCAAUGAACCUGUAAAUAUUUUACCCAGGCAAGUAGCAGAGGCCAACAUCCAAUUAUUAUUUACAGAAAUAAAGGGUAGCUGUCUAUUAUGCAUCAUCAUCAUCCGGUACACAGAAGACAGGAGCAUAGCAUGGAACAGAUGCAUGGAAAAUCAUCAUGAAGAUUAAAAAAAAAAGACACUGUUGAGUCUUUACAACAUUAAACACUACAAUAUUGUUUACAGAAAGAGCCUGACCUGAUCAAAUUGUGUGACCGAUUGCUGUUCCUGCAGCCUCCUAACUACCUUGCCUAGUCUUUUCCCUGCAAAUUCAUGUUACCAAAGUACAGUGUUUCACAAUUUUUGUCAGGAGUGUAAUAUGAUUGCCAUGUUUGAAAACCACCUGU